CAGGGAGGUUCUGGUCUCCAGAAGUCAUUAUGCAACAGCAGCCAACUAUAUAUAAGAGAAGAAACGCGGAGGAUUUCUGUAAACUGAACACGUCUUUUUUGGGAACAAGAAUGCUACGGUACGUUGUGGCCCUCUGUCUCCUGGCUUUGUCCUGGGCACAGGACUGCCAGGUGGCCAACAUCCAGGUCAUGCAGAACUUUAACAAAACCAUGUAUGCAGGGACAUGGUAUGCUGUAGGAAAGAAAGACCCAGAUGGUCUGUUCUUACUUGACAACAUCGUGGCCACAUUUUCUAUUGGAGAAGACGGCAAAAUGACUGCCACUGCUAAGGGCAGAGUCAUCAUCCUUGACAAUUGGGAAAUGUGUGCCGAAAUGUUUGGCACCUUUGAGGAGACCCCCGAGCCUGCCAAGUUCAAGAUGAAGUACUGGGGAGCCGCGUCCUACCUGCAGUCUGGAAAUGACAACCACUGGGUGAUUGAUACAGACUACGACAACUAUGCCAUCCACUACUCCUGCAGAGUAGUAGACACCGACGGCACUUGCCUAGACAGCUACUCCCUAAUAUUCUCCCGACAUCCAACUGGUCUGAGGGCUGAAGACCAGCCCACCGUCACCCAGAAGAAAUUGGAGCUCUGCCUGCUAGGCAAAUAUAGGCGUGUCCCACACACUGGCUUCUGCGAGGAGACCGCAAUUUUUAAUGAACAGUGAUGCUUCUUCUGAUGCAUCAACUUCUGGGACUGUGCGCCUCUGUGGGUCUUGGGACUGUAUCCCACCAACGCUCUUUUUAAGUCUCAUCUACUGUCUAUUAUAACAUUCUCCCUCAGACUAAAAACAGCGAAGUGGAAGCUGUUAUAUUUACAUGACUUUACUGUAAAUAUAAAAAAAAGAUGGAUGCUGGAGAAAUUUGCAAUAGCAUCAACAUUAAUACAGGAGAUUCUGGGGCUUAUAACAUUUUAGUCUAACUUAACAUCUGUCACUUGUAUAGGAUUUUCUUUUUUGUAUAGAGAUUUUAGAGCAGUGAAAAACAGCUCAACAAGUCAUGGAAACCAGGUUCCUAUGAGAAAACACCACGUAUCAGAUCACUGAAAAACAACUUUUGGAACAUUUCAUGUCAAUGUGAAAAGUAAUCAGCUGUGAAAAUCUCUACAGUGAAGCUGAACUCUCAGGGGUAUUGCAGCUCUGGAGUAUAACCACCAUGUUUACUAAGUAACACAUUCACAUAUCACUGGCUUUGUUUUGACACUGAAGAAGCCAUAAAAGCAUUUAUUAAUAAACCUACAUGAACACAGACAUUGGUGUUUGUAUGCUGUAUACUUUGUGUUCCAGUUGUUGAAAUAAAACACUUAUGCCGGUUGGCUCAUUCGA